AUGGAGUUGAAUAGACUUCUUAACUUUGAUUUGAAAGAUGAUUCUCGAUGGAAGAUUGAUCCAAGUGAUGAGGCUCUUAUCAACAUUUACCUAAGGAAGAAGGUUCAUAGGCAACCUCUUCCACUUAAUAACAUUGUUGAAUAUGAUGUGUUUCAAACUGAACCUUGGAUGCUUCCAGAUAGUAGGAGUUCAUUCAGAGAGAGGAAGUAUUACUUCUUUGAUAUAAGAAACCAUAGAUUUGAAAAUAUGGAUACAAGACCAGUUGGAAUUGGUGAAUGGAGGAUUUUGGAGAAGAACACUGAAAUUACUAUGCCAACCAAUAUGUUCAUUGGGAGAAAGAACACCCUUGAAUUCUGGAAGAUUGAGGCAGAUGAACCAGUGAAAACUGAAUUGGUAAUGGAUGAACUUCGCAUCAGUCCAACAAUUCAACCAUCCAAGGUUUCAUCUUUAGGUGUUUAUCGGAUUUUUAAGACAACUUUACCAACUAUAAUUGAUCUCACAAUAGAGGAAGAAAGUUUAUCUCUCCCGCCGUCAGCAUGA